AUGCAACUCGAUCAGAGUAAAUGGAGAUUUGGUGACUAUUUGAGCGUGACAUUCGAUGCCCAUGGUGAUGGUGGUAAUGGAUCGAUGACAAUCCGUCCGUUGGUGGUAUUCGAUCGAGAGGCGGUUAAUCCGGGUAAAAUUCUCGAAAUUCCGCUGAUUCUCACCGAUCGCGCGGAUAAAACGAAUCAUGCAUCCGUACAUGUCAUCAUUGGAGACGAGAUAGUCGUCGUAGUACGAGCUGUCACAUCCAAUGCCGUAAUAGCACGUCCAUCCGUGCGAGGUUUACGGUCGGUGGACGACGAUGACGUCAGUUAUGUGGCUGGCGGAAUCAAAUGUACAGGCAGGCAUGCGUUGGCUGUCCAUGGUGACGUGCGUCAACAACGCGCAAGACGGCCUCCAUCUCCAGCG